CUUCUCUAAUAUCGGCAGUGCGCUUGAACGAUCGAUGAGCAUAGUGGCCACGGACAGUUUCGCUAGUCGUCUUGUUUUCCUCCGCGAACGCGUUCACGGUGUGUGAGUGUGAUUCGUGAUAUUUAUACUGUCGGGGGAAAGACUUAAUCGAUUACUGUUCUGCGUUGAACUAACAAUAAGUCCCGCUAGCAGAGCUAGGCUAGUAGACUCUACCUUAAAACCGAUGUUUGUUUUUUGACUGUGUGAAUUAGUGUUGCAAUAGAAUCACGAAUCACUGUUUCGAUUUGGAGUGAUGGCUGUCAUCAUGUGAUAAAAUUGAGUUGUUUUAGGGCGGCCAUGAUAGGAACCCAGCCUGUGCCACGAACGAAGUGCGUUUGUUUCGAAAGCUACAUUGGAACAGCGGAUUCUUUCUUGGAUUGCACAAUUGCAACUAGCUAGAGAACUAUUCCAGUUUGUUCCAGUAAAAAAAUAUCAAUUUAGCAUUUCGUGAACCCGAUAGUUAUCAUCAAUACAGUAGAUUCGUACGGAACCCAGUUCAAAUCAAGAGAUUAGUGACCGAAUCAAACGAUUCUGAAAGGCCAAAGUAGGGAGCACUGGCAAUCGCAAACUGUGGCUGUACCGUCCGUCAUUGACGACUGCACCAGUAGUAAGCUGUCAGAUGGAAAACGUUCAGCGGAUGCAUUAGUCGAUUUAGUGCGCGGUGAAUGCAGUAUCUCGUAGGUACAAAAUCAAUCCCCUGAACGCAAUAACCCAGCUUCGUCGCUCAACAUAAAUAUUACCUAAUCAUAGAGCGGAACGCACGCAUUCUCGCGCACAUACACGCAAAUACAUUGCAGCUGGUGGUGCGAUUCGAGUUCCGGUGAGUGCCAAGGCAGCAAAGGUAAACAUUGGGAUACUCACCGAAAACGGGAACUCUACACAUCUGUCACCACGGCGAAACGCGGAGAGCGCAUCUGAUGUGCAAUCGGAUUGCAUAACGCAAAUGCACCCAGCAAUAAUGGAUACAGAUUUUCCGCUGCCCCGUACGUCACUAUAGCAACAAACACUCAAACGAGCACUCACAUCGGGCCGUCGGGCAAGUGUAAAUAAAAAUACAAAAUAUUCCGAACCUCCGUCCGUCUCAUCCACACCCGUAAGCUGAUUGGUGUCUGGUGUUCUGGCUGAUGGUGUAGAGUUUACACGUAUUCUAGAAAAGCAUAGGAUUGCGCGAUCGAACGGGACACUCGCGCCAGUAAGCUGUGGUAUUGGUGUACCAGUGCUGCUACGGCCGCAGUCAUCCAUCUUUGAUUUCGCCACACACACCCACACUCAUGCGCGGGACCCGUUGCUGCUGCAUUGCUCUCAGCUCGGUCAGUGGCAGUAGAGCAGGCUGGUCUAGUAUCGUGCAGUAGGCCUAGCAGAGAGCUGCAAGUUUUUGGCCAUUGGCAGCAGUCCACUGGCUCUGUGGCAGUGAGUAGUGACAGGGAGACUCGUCAGCGGAGUGAGUGAGCAAGCGAAUACCGUCCAUCUAGCGAACGGGCGAAAGAGACAGUAUAGAGAGGAGAGAAGUUGUAAUAUGGCUGUGUUUUUAAUUAACAUAUGCAAGUUUAAUGGUUGUGGCAUUACUUUUCCGAGCUUGAGUGAUCUAAUACAGCACAUCGAGGAUACACAUAUUGAUUACGACUCCCAGAACCUCGGCCAGAAGGAAAAAUCACAAUCCACUUGUCUUCCGUUGAGCUACGUGCUCCGCUUCAUAACCGAUCCAUCGCGGAGGGAGAAUGCGCUCCUGAACGGUACCACCGGGGGUGCAGCCGGUGGGGGCACCUUGAAAGGAAUCACUUCCGGGGGAGGCACGGGCGAUGGCGGUACCGGUUAUCAGAGCACACCACCCGGGACACCGGGCAGUACGAACUCAUCGUCCGAACACAUCUCCCGAUCUACCGGACAGUAUCAACUUAUCAGCGGUGCCGGGAGCGGUUCCGGUGGUAAAGGUAGCACAGCUGGAGAUGGUAAACUGGCUCCGUCCGGAACCGACAUGAAGCGAAAGAUUGCCAUCAAACAUCACAGCUACAGCAUGUCGUCGUCGAAUCGGAGUACGACUCCUACCGGCAGUGAAAUGGAUGAUGAUGAUAUGAUGGUUUCCGAGUCGGAGGACAGUAACGAUUCAUGGACGACGGAGGAGUUCAGUUCGGAGUUCAUAAUGCGUUAUGGAAGCAGGCGACAUUCUUCUUCCGGUGGGAACGGACUCAAUUCGUCCAAUGAGAAACCGUUUGCAUGCCCCGUUCCGGGAUGUAAGAAGCGUUACAAGAAUGUUAACGGUAUCAAGUAUCACUCGAAGAACGGCCACAAAAAGGACGGAAAUCGUGUCCGGAAAGGCUUCAAAUGUCACUGCGGAAAAUCUUACAAAACCUCCCAAAGACUAAAAAACCAUCAACUGAGCACGCAUCAGAAUCCGGUGGUGGUGGAUGCUGCCGUUGGUUCUUUGCAGGCACCGUCGGUCGGUGCUAUUACUGCUGCUGCUGCUGCCGCCGCCGCACUCCAGCAGCAGCUGUCUACGUCCUCAACGUUGUCAUCGUCGUCGUCGUCACCCUGUUCGUCUUCUGUGUCGUCGUCCCUUGUUGCAUCCGUAUGUUCCUCCACCAACAGUAACAACAGUAGUAAUAACAAUUGCAGUGCGACGGUUGUGCCUGGCGGGACCGUUGUUGCCACCGCAGCAGUAUCUAGUCAAAUUGCUUCGUCGUCCUCGAGCUCGUCAUCGUCAUCUUCUUCAUCGUCGUCAUCAUCCUCAUCCUCAUCGUCGGCCGGUUCGCCGAAUGGCAAGUAUGACAAUCUCGGUAUACUGACGCCGGCUACUUCGCCAAAGUUGACACUGGUAAAUGCGGCCAGUGCCGGGCAGGAGAAUCUACUCCCGAUGACACCGAUCAGCCCGAAUGGUAACAGUACGAACAGUGCCACCAGUGGUGGUACUACAGGAGGAAACAUUCCCGCUUCCAGUGUCACGCCCACUGCUGGCGGCGGCGGCAUUGGCGGUGGUGGUGGUGGUGGAGGUGGAGGAGGUGGUACGAACAGUUCCACACUGGUAACUAGCAAAACUUCGGCUGUGCUGUCGGCGGCUACUCUGGUGAGUCAGCUGCAAACCGAAGAGACGUAGCCGAUACUCAAGAACCUACUGCUGAGAAAGUGAUGGAGGUAAUCGCAGUGCGAACCGUUUCCGGAACGAUCCGCGGUUUGCGAGUGAGUUCGUUUUGUUUUAUUUCUAGUAAAAAAAAAUACGCUUUUAUCUUUAUCGACACCUUGGUCAAGUACAGAGAUAUAACUAAUUAGGCAAAAAAAAAAACAAAACAAAAAUCUAAAUCACACAAUUUAUAACUAAAUAAUUAACCGCAUAGGUACAGUUUAGAGCUUCGAACGAUUAUCAGUAGUAUUCAGGACAGGCCGAAUUCAGUGUUUCACGCAAACUUAUUGUUGUAGAGCAAUAUCAAACAGAAACAGAACCAAUAACGAGCUCCCCCAAACAAAACGCCUAGCCUAUAAAUUCAGACGUAACUCGGAUCGUCGUCGGUCACUAUGACGGACCAUAAAUACUAAAUUUUAUUUUAACCAAGUCGAUUCCGUACUUAAAACAGUCCGUUUUUCUGUUUCCUUCCUAUCUGUAUAGUAAUCAUUGUUAACUUUUUUUUAUUGAAUUGUCUAUAAAUAGUUUUAUGUUUUCUUCCCAAGUUUUAAACACCACAACACAACUGCUUUGAUCAUAUUUCUAGGCAAGCCAUUUCGGAUCAAUGCUCGAAGAUUGUAUCGUUGUCGCAAGUAUAGAUUGAAAAACAAAAACAAAAUAUAAGCCAAUCAAUAUGUUUAAUAAUUAUUAUUUAGAUCUCAGAUUAUCGCUCGUAGCUUAUUUAUGUAUGCUUGUGUGUGUGUGUGUCAAAGAACAACAACAACAGAAAAAUAAGCACACAAAUGUAUAUGAAAGGAUUAAAUACCGACAAAAUGCAAUCAAAUGCAAACGAAAAAAAAUGAUAUAAAGGAAUGAUGCCAAUGAUACCAAAUCUAAACGUAGGGUCUGAUUCUUCUCCGAAGAACAGUUGAUAACGAAGCUCCGUAUGUAUGGAUGGAUGCAACCGUAAAUUGUGCCCCCACCCCUCCGCCGGUAUGCGGGUAGCGAUGAAAAAAUAACUUACAGUCCUUGAUCGGUUGUAAUCAGUUGAUUUGUACAGCCUGGCACUGUCACGAGGUCUGGUUGAAGAUUCCAAAACAUUUUGGAGUCAUACAAUUGUACCUUCGAUUCCGAGGAAUCGGAAUAUUUCAAACAAAUGGAAAAAUUUCCAUUCUGCAUGGAUCGUAAACCUUCAUACCAACCAACCCAAAAAGGAUCAAAAUGAUUUAUGGAAGCUGUAGCAAAAAAAGUAUCUUUCAGAAAAGAGUGACUACCUUCUAUAAAUUGUGAACCUGUGCUCUUCCAAUUAGGCCAACCUGGGAUUUUGGGGAGUAUGAAGGCAAUCAACAGCGACACUGUGCUGUGAGGUGCAGUUUUAAAAUGUUGUCCUUGGAAACGCAACCAAGCAUUUAUUUACAAUCUCUUGUCCAUCCAGUGAUCGACCAAUUUUCUUCUCCAACGUAUGCUCGGUAAAGACAGCUAGACAAUAGAUAAGUCGUCAAUUGUUUUUACUGGGUGAAUGAUAGGUAUGAAAAAUUUUUAUCACCAGGUGAAUUUUGCGAAUGCCUACUCACAGCCCAGGUGCACGGUGUCCUACACUGAAAAAAAUCGAUUUUCAAAAUUUAAAGUCGAUUGGCAAAAAAUAAUUUAUUUCUAAGGAAAAAAUUGUCUAAAUUUUUUUCUCGUCCACUCUGAUACGCUUUUUUUGCAAAUAUCCGACAACCUGCGGCAGAGUAUUCUGUGAAUCUUCUCACAUCUUUGGAUCCGAAGACGCCUAAAAAAUCAGUUUUGACAAGAAACGGUUUUUGUUAGAAAUUUCCGAAAUCGAAAAAUUUGUUUUGAUGCCAAAUGUCUUAGAAUUGCAUGAGAAACGUCAAGAUCUAGUAUCAUCUAUGCAUUUUUUUUAUUUUUUGAACAAAAAUCGACUUUUUGAAUUUUCUAAAAUCGAAAAUCUUUGUUUGAUGCCAAAUAUCUUAGAAUUGCAUUAAACGUCGAGAUCUAGUGUCCUCAAAAAACUUUUUUUUUAAAGAAAUCAACUGGGACUUUUGAAAUGUUUGCAAUAGAAAAUUUUUUGAUGCCAAAUGUCUUAGCAUUACAAGAAACGUCGAGAUUUUUUGUUAAUCCGAUUUUUUUUAAUCUGUCUUAGAAUUGCGUGAAACAUCGAAAUCUAGUGUCACCUAAUUUGUUUUUUCAAAUCGACUGAGAUUUCCGUAAUCGAAAAUUUUUGUUUUUUGAUGCAUGAUGAUGUCCUAGCAUUACAUGAAACGCCGAGAUUUUGUGCUAACCCGGAAACGUUUUUUUUUAAUCUCGACCGGAAAUUUUUGAAAAUUUCUGAAAUUGAAAAUAAAAUUUUUAUGCCAAAUAUCCUUGAAUUGCAUGGAACGUUGAAAUUUAGUGUCUUUUUAAAUAAUUAAUUAAAAAAAAAAAUCGACCCUUGGAAAAAUGUUGAUAUUUCCGAAAUUCCGAAAAAAUUAGUUUGGAUCCCAAACGGCUAAAAAUUGAAUGAAACGUCGAAAUCUGUCAUCCAAACAAAAAUUUUUUAAAUCGAUUCUGGGACUUGAAAUUUUUGUAAUCGAGCAUUUUUUUUGAUACCUAAUGUAAGCUUUUUGAGAUUUCUGAAAUCGGAAAAAAAAAAGUUGAUGCCAAAUGUCUUUAAGUUGCAUGAAACAUGGAGAUCUGAUGUUAAUAUCUCGGCAUAGAAAAAAAAUUUAAGUCCCAGAGUCGAUGUUAUUAAAAAAAAUCUAUGGAUAACACGUUUGGCAUAAGAAAAUCAAUUCGAUCUCAAUUUUUUUCUAAGCCCCAGAGUGUCAUUUUUUUCAAAUUCUAAGGUAGUCGAGAUUUUAUAAUGACCCUUGAUUCCCUGUCUUAAUUUUUUUUUUCCAAACAAAAAAAUAGGGACAUUGGGACUUUUUUGAGGUACUUAAACUGUUGAGCACUACCACUUUACGAAGUUAGAGACGACUCCAAAAUAUUGACACCUUAAAAUUCAUCCAUCUUGGGAGAAAUUGUAUUAAUAUCCAAAAUUCCAAGUUUUGUUGUAAAUCAAUGUAAAUUUUUGAAAUCAAUUUUUUCAGUGCAGGACUCGUUCGCGAUUUUUUUCCAGUAUUUUGAUUCGAAAAUUUGACUGAUUUUGUGAACAUUAUUAGUAUUACACUUUUUUCUGUAGGCUUUGUCAUUUUUCUAAAAAAUCUAUUUGAAAAACAUUGGUAAGAAAGUUGAGUCCUUUCCAAAAGAUAGUCCAGAUCAAUUUUGGAGAAAACAAAGUAUGCAGUGACAUUUUGGUACAAAGUCAAAUCCGGGUCAAAUCGAUCUUGUUGGUAGCAUACCACUUCAGAAGCAACUUGAACUAGUGGUAGUUGGCCAAAUCUCCCCAAAAGAUGAGCUUGCCCCCAUUGCUUGCGGAUGAACGGCAAUACACGCUUUUUAGGCAUUCAUCGAUAUAAACUUGGAACCGUCAAAGAUGUGACAAUUGGUUUCGUUGUCUGACCGUAACAGCAAAUCGCUUGCCAAGUCAUGAUUUUUUUACGCGAACUUGUUCGCAAACAUGAACAUUUCCGAACCAUUCCCACGUCCAGUUGUAAUGUGAAACUUUUGACCGGGAAGCUACUUAAGUGGGUCGGCUAAUGUGCUAGAUAAAAAAUCGCUUUUUUCAUGAAUCUUGUCUAAAAUAUGUAUAGAAGACACCAACAAAAUGAUUUUUUUAUUUGAAGCGGUUGAAAAAUUACACGCGCUAGAACACGUGCCGCUUAAGGGCGAAGCCAGAGAGAAAGCGACAAGCGACGCGAAGCGAAAGUUGACAGAUCGCACGGAGUCGCGCGGCAGAGCUCCGUCCACUCGAGUUCAGCAGAAAAAUGACAAGUAUGUCAGAGUGAACUCGAUGCGUUGCGAAGCGACUACUGGCCGAUCGAAUCGCACUCACUCUGACAUACAUGUUAUUUUUCUGCUGAACUUGAAUUGACGGAGCUCUGCCGCGCAACUCAGUGCGAUCUGUCAAGUUUCGCAUCGCUUCGCUUCGCGUCGCUUGUCGCUUUCUCUCUGCCUUCACCCUAAGGGUGAAGCCAGAGUGAGAGCGACAAGCGACGCGAAGCGAUGCGAUGCGAAUAUUAAAGGACCGCAUGGCGAAGCACGACCGAAUUUCAUCCAUUUAAAAAAAAUAAACAUUCCGGCUUUAACGCACUUCAGUGCCUUGUUGCGCAACUGACGAUUGCUGGCUCCAGUUUUUUCACAGACCUGCAGAUUCCUUAGAUUACAUUAGGAUUUCCUUGUAGGUUUUGAGCACUUCUUCAGCAAUUUGUCCAGCUUGGAACCGGACCACUCCGGAUUUUUCAGAUGUUUGUGUACAAUUUUUUUUUCUUUCGAGUUCCAUUUGACAUUAACUUUGAGUGAGAUUGACUACUUUGAUCAAACUUGCUGUCAAAGAUUGUCGAUUUUCAACACUAGAGACGUGUGCCGGCGGCACGCAAGGGGCCUGCCAAUUUACUUUUAGUCAGUAUUUACCAGUACAGUAGAUCGAGAUGAAAGUUCCCAUACUUUUGUAGUGAGUGACAUUCGAUAUAACUGGCAGAGAGGAGAGCGAUAAAAUCGGUCAAAACGUUUUUUCGGAUCAGAAAAAACGUCAAUAUAACAAUCGAGAACCGCAAUAAUUUCAUAUCAACAUUCAACAGUUUUGUGAUUUAGACGCGUUUCUUCAAGUUUCUUUAUUAUCAUUAUUAUACCGUUCAUUUCAUCCCGUCCGGUUGUGACCAUUCGUUGGUCAUUCACCGGAAAACCUUACGGGGUUUCAAUGUAAUAAAAAAUAAAGCGCAAACAACUUUUUUGCCAACAACCAGAAUUUGUGUGGCGAUAAAAAUCCUCUGUAAUCAAAUUCACCAGGUGUUAGACUGCUCCAAUGACUUUGCGAUGACAUCGCUUCAUAAAGCUAGACGUCUUGAAGGGAUUUAAUCUCAGUGCCAACAGUCGGUAUUUUGCGUUUCUUCUCCUAAUGAAAAAAAAUUCAAUUUAAUUCAACGGCGAUCGCACGAGGCUUCCGGUUAUUUGCACUGUCAAUUUCUUCACCUCAUUUCUACGCCUACUGAGCAAAUCAACUGCUGCACCGAGCAAGCCGCGUAGUUUGUUUUUCGAAAGAAUCACCCGAAAAUCAAAUGCUCAAUAAUAGAUCAUUAUCAUUCAUUUACAUCGCAUAUCGCUUGAAGAAAAAACCAAAAACCUUAUUUUUUCCUCGAGCAAAACAAAAAGCAUUCGAAUUGCGUACUAUUGAGAUUACACGAAGCUAGCUGAACAGAACAAUCUGUUUCUGCUCCCUUCAAAGACACCGUCGCUCGAAUGUGUUUGGAAAGCCUCUACCCGAGGCUCUCAUAUCUUGAUGUAGCUACGCGUAGUAGAAUAACGAAUCUGUUUUCUCAUUUUCCGAGAAAUAGAGGCGCCUCAUUAUUCACAAACAUCAUACAUACCUUGUGUUGAUUAUAAAAGCUGUGAUUUUUACAAACAUCCUUAUGUUUUAGAUCCCGUGAUCCCGCCCCCCCUAAGCCCCUGUCCGUAUGUAAUUAGCUGUAACUUCCCCCCUCCCCCAUUCCUUCCACCUUUUCCUUUGUAUGUAGAGCACUAACAGAUAAGUAUCUUUCAAUCCCCUUACCAGCAAUACUGCUAUCCUUCAACUGUUAUUAAUGUUAGUAAAAAUAGUAGUCGAUUAUGUCGUUUUAAGUUAGUUCUAGCAAUAAUAACAACAGCAACAAAACAAAUAACCCCAUUCGAGAAAAAUAAUCCCGGCUGGGUAAAUAAUGUGUAUAGUUAAGGCGGCCUGGUAAACGCCUACUGCCUAGUUCGAUUUAUCUUCUUGGUGUAGAUGUCAAAUCAACGUGGUCUAAGCUGGGUUAAAUCUCAAGAAGUUUAUGGUUAGAGCGUGUGUCAAUUUGUGAAGGAUUUUCAGGUUACUUUAUAACAUUACUGUGGUAAUAAGCAGCAUGACCUCGACAUACACUCUAAUCAUAAGUUAUGCGAAAAACUCAGUACUAAUUUGGCGUAAGAUGUUUCCGAUUUAAAAAAAAACAGUAUGAUAAUAGUAUAUCUCUUAACACACCGACAACGGCUCAUUUCAGUACCCAAACCUUGGUGCACCGGUAUGAGAAGUGCGUUUCUCACACACCCACACAAAUAAAAGUAAAAGCAGUUAAUGAAGUAGAAUAGUCCAUUGUUUGCGUUCAAAUAUACACCAUGUACAGAAUUACCUUAACAGUGACAGAAACAAAAACUCAUCUUGCGUCAGUCGCCAUCGAUGGAAGAUAAUUGCGAUUGGUAGGCACAGUAGGCCACGGCUAGUAAAAGAAAAAAAAAGCGGGGAUAGAAUGCGUUGUUUACUGGAAAGUAAAAUAAAAACAAUAUUGACACGGGGCACGCAGAAGGAUCUCCCCGGUCUCCCUUUCUCAUACAUCCACACACACGCUGUUGACGAAGGAAAAAACAUGUGAAAACUUCAUAGCUAGUCAAAUUUUAUGUUGUUGUAAUAUGUAAUUACGUUUUAUCAAAUGGUGAAACUACAAACAAGUAAAGGUGUAAGAAUAAGCGAAGAAAACUAUUAAAUUAUACGAAAUAUUACAUCUAUAAAUUGAUAAAAAGUCCUUUAGUCGUCUUUUAAUGAAAUUUAAGAUUAAAUAUAAAGUUUAAAUUAUUUAUUUAAAUUAAAUUGCAAAAGAAAAAAAAAUAAUGAAAAAAUACAACAAAAAAAAGCUAAAUUAAAUUGUAAAAACAAACCGCAUGAACUAUAUCUCUGUAUGUCAUAUUUAUUGAUAUGAUACUAUAGAAUCCAUAGAUCGGAACACUGAUAAAAGGAAAUAAAAGAAAAACGAAAGUUUCA